UAGAGACUGUCGUUUUAGUUGAACAAAUGUUUGGUCUAAUGAUUACACCGUAGGUGCACGGUACCUUUAAAUCCCAGUUGAACCCCUCCUCCCCGUCACGUCACACCGAGACACGUCAUCAGUCACAACAAACAUGGCGGAUGCCGGUGCAUCUAUGACUCUAGCGACAAUUUCACUGAUAGGUUUCGCAUUACUGGCAGGGUUUUACCUGACCACUUUAAAUGCACUAUGUACAUUGGUCUCCGUUACUGUUACUGCCGUGUUGGUGUCCCAGUUAUUGCGGAAGUUACGGAGAAGAGACGCGUUGACGGAGCGGCGUGUAUGUGUGCUGGUUCUGGGGGAUAUCGGACGCAGCCCUCGCAUGCAGUACCAUGCCCUUUCACUCAGCAAACACGGCUACAGCGUAACGUUUGUUGGAUUCCCUGGUACCAAGCCUCAUCAGGAUGUGAUUGGAGAUGAGAGGAUCACAAUCAUCCCAAUCACAGAACUUAAAGGACUCCAAGUGGGUCCUAGGAUGGUGAGCUAUGUUACCAAGGUGAUUCUCCAGUCCCUGCAGCUUCUCCUGGUGUUAUUGAAGACUGAUGUCCAGUCCCAUAUUCUCAUGCAGAAUCCUCCAGGACUGCCCAGUAUAGUGGUGACGUGGCUGGUGUGUGGUCUGAGAGGAUCCAGGUUCAUCAUUGACUGGCACAACUACGGCUACACCAUCAUGGCCCUCUCACACGGCCCGGACCACCCCAUCGUCAGGCUGGCACAGUGGUAUGAACAGUUGUUUGGGCGAUUCUCCAGCCAUAACCUUUGUGUCACCAACGCUAUGAAGGAAGACCUCCAGAACAACUGGAACAUCAGGGCGACCACAUUGUAUGACAAGCCACCUGCUAUCUUCAAGGAGACUUCAGUAGACCUAAAGCACCAGCUGUUCAUGAGGCUGGCCAAGACUAUUCCUCAGUUCCGGGUCUGUGGUGAGCGACCUGAUGGUGAGACAGAGAGAACAGCGUUUACAUGUCGUGACCCCAGUGACCUUUCUGUGACUUUGACCUCAGGUCGACCUGCCCUACUGAUCAGCAGCACCAGCUGGACCGAGGAUGAGGACUUCUCCAUUCUGCUGAAGGCUCUGGAAGACUACGAGGGGUUUGUGAAAGCAGGAGCCUCUCUUCCCUCACUGGUCUGUGUCAUCACAGGUAACUAUAGUGUUGACAGUGUACUGCUGGUCUGUGUCAUUACAGGUAACUAUAGUGUUGACAGUGUACUGCAGGUCUUUAUGGGCCAGGUAACUAUAGUGUUGACAGUGUUCUGCAGGUCUUUAUGGUACAGGUAACUAUAGUGUUGACAGUGUACUGCAGGUCUGUGUCAUCACAGGUAACUAUAGUGUUGACAGUGUACUGCAGGUCUUUAUGGUCCAGGUAACUAUAGUGUUGACAGUGUACUGCUGGUCUGUGUCAUUACAGGUAACUAUAGUGUUGACAGUGUACUGCAGGUCUUUAUGGUCCAGGUAACUAUAGUGUUGACAGUGUACUGCAGGUCUGUGUCAUUACAGGUAACUAUAGUGUUGACAGUGUACUGCAGGUCUUUAUGGUCCAGGUAACUAUAGUGUUGACAGUCUACUGCAGGUCUUUAUGGUCCAGGUAACUAUAGUGUUGACAGUGUGCUGCAGGUCUGUGUCAUCACAGGUAACUAUAGUGUUGACAGUGUACUGCUGGUCUGUGUCAUUACAGGUAACUAUAGUGUUGACAGUGUACUGCUGGUCUUUAUGGUCCAGGUAACUAUAGUGUUGACAGUGUACUGCUGGUCUGUGUCAUUACAGGUAACUAUAGUGUUGACAGUGUACUGCAGGUCUGUGUCAUCACAGGUAACUAUAGUGUUGACAGUGUACUGCAGGUCUUUAUGGUCCAGGUCACUAUAGUGUUGACAGUGUACUGCUGGUCUGUGUGGUCACAGGUAACUAUAGUGUUGACAGUGUACUGCAGGUCUUUAUGGUCCAGGUAACUAUAGUGUUGACAGUGUACUGCAGGUCUUUAUGGUCCAGGUUACUAUAGUGUUGACAGUGUACUGCAGGUCUUUAUGGGCCAGGUAACUAUAGUGUUGACAGUGUACUGCUGGUCUGUGUCAUUACAGGUAACUAUAGUGUUGACAGUGUACUGCAGGUCUUUAUGGUCCAGGUAACUAUAGUGUUGACAGUGUACUGCAGGUCUGUGUCAUUACAGGUAACUAUAGUGUUGACAGUGUACU